AUGCAAUCUGGACUAUUGGAUACCCUGGCACCGUGGUAUGCAGAUUUUCGUAAGACUUUGCCUGGAAAGACAAUCACUUUAGAGGUUGGUUGGAGUCCUGGUUCGUUUUCUCCAGCUGCUAGGAUUCUAUUAGCAAUCAAUGCCAGUAAACCAGAAGGGGGCGCAUCACCCGCUCCAAGAAGCAGGGAAGGGAAUGCCACCAGUACGGCACGAGCAGCCGAGGGUAGUAGAUCCUGUCUUCUCGCAGCACUCAUGGCAAGCACAGCUCUUGCCAACUCGAUCCUCUUCCAUUCGGUGGAUCAUUUGGACAAAUAUUCAACGUUCACGCCUCACUCCUACUGUGAGGGACUCGACUCCGUUUUCCUGCCCCGCUAUCUGAACCUCAUCUGUGGACAACACCUCGUCUGGGCCAACAAAUCCGCCCGAGAUAGACUUUUCCCACGCCGCUCCCCGCUCCUGAAAACAUAA